GCUGUCGGAAGGUCCCCGAUUAGUUGCGGGGGGGGAGCGGCGGGGCCUCGGCACAAGCGCCGCGCCAUCGGCACCGGACAACCGGCACCUACCUCACGCCUUUCCCGCCGCUCCCCUUCGCGCUGCCCUUACCGGCGAGGCCUUUGCACUGAAGCCAAGUAAAGAACCUCAGAAUUGCACUACACACUGUCUAACCCAGCAGCAAAACUCCUCCAGCACUGAGCCCACCCGUGCCAGCAGUGCCCCUCGCUGCCCGCUGCUCCCCCCCACGCCUGGAAGCUGGUGCUCACCAGGAGCUCCAAUUCACCAGCCAGCCCACCCAGCCACUGCCCACCAUGUUUCAGCGUCUCACCAGCCUCUUCUUCAGUGACAGCAACACGCCAGAAGGCCUGGAGGAGCCCAAACCCUUCGUGGAGGAGGAGGAAGAGGAGGGAUGGCUCGUAAUUGAUCUUGCAGAGGAGCCCGGCCCCGCCGGCGUGGGGAGCAGCCCCAUGGAGGACCUGCUCAUCGAGCACCCCAGCAUGUCCGUCUACGUCACCAGUAGCCUCGAGGUGGACGGGGAGGGCCCCGAGGACGAUGCUGCUGGGGAGCCGGCGGCGCGGCGGCCGGAGCGGCACGGGCCGCAGCACAGCCGGGCGCUGCAGCUGAAGGCGGCCGUGCUGGAGAAGCUGGGGCAGGCGCGGCGGGCGCAGCGCGCCAGGCAGAGAGCCGAGCGGCCGCGCCUCAGCCCCGCGGCCCUGCAGCGCCAGAACCGCGCCCGGCAGCGCCCGCCGCGCCGCGCCCGGCAGCCGGGGCCCGUCCUGCACCAGCCCUGCCGGCGCCACUGCGGCUACUGACCCGCCGCCCGCCCGGCC